UUGCAUCAUGGGUGAUCCCCCAGCAGAAGUAAGUGAAAUGUGCUCUCUUGGAUAAAAGAGUCUGGACUGGUAUCUACGUUUACAGAGUUAUCAUAAAUGAACCUGAAUGUGAUAUUGGGUCUGCAUAUGCAAAACGUGUGAAGAGGACAUAGUUAUUAACUAGGAUGUCAACGGAGACAGAAGUUCAACAGGUUGUCAGAGCCAGCACAAGAAAGGAGUCCAAAAAGAAAGGUCAGGAUCGGAGUGAAGCUGGUCUGAUAAAACGUUUUAAAGGAGAUGGAUUCCGGUACAGGGCAAAACUAAUUGGUGUGGAUGAGGCUUCAGCUGCAAGGGGAGAUAAGCUCUGUCAAGAUUCAAUGAUGAAACUAAAGGGAAUUGCAGCUGCAGCACGCUCGAAAGGAGAACACAAACAACGAAUCUUUCUGACCAUUUCAUUUGGAGGCAUAAAAAUAUUUGAUGAAAAGACAGGAGCUAUGCAGCAUCACCAUGCAGUUCAUGAAGUAUCAUACAUUGCCAAGGAUAUCACCGACCACCGCGCCUUUGGCUAUAUAUGUGGUAAAGAAGGAAAUCAUCGGUUUGUAGCAAUAAAAACAUCUCAAGCAGCUGAACCCGUCAUUCUUGAUCUUCGAGAUCUCUUCCAACUCAUCUACGAACUGAAACUUCGGGAGGAGAAGGAGAAAUUGGCUCAAAAGGAUAAACAAAGUGAACAGGCAGUCUAUCAGACCAUUUUGGAAGAAGAUGUCGAAGAUCCUGUCUAUCAGUACAUUGUAUUUGAAGCUGGACAUGAGCCAAUCCGUGAAACAGAGGAGAGCAUUUACCAGGUGCCCACAAGCCAUCAGAAGGAAGGUGUCUAUGACGUGCCAAAAAGCCAACCAACAAUUAAUCAACUGGACCUCUUUGGUGACAUGUCUACUCCCCCAGACAUCACCUCUCCUGGGACGCCAGCAUCACCAGCUAAUGCCCUUGGACCUGAUGCAUUUGCUUCUGGAGUUCUUAGUGCUCAGCCGCCUGGGAGACCCGAUUUGUUUGGAUCUGUUCCAUUCAAUGCUGCUGCUGUCCCCACAGGAUAUGUCACAAUGGGAGCCGUAGCGCCCGCAGUCUGGGCGCACCAAUCGGGUGCUCAAAAUAUCAUCAAUCCUAUGUUAGCUGGUGUCCAGCCUGCAGCAUGGGGCCAGCCAACCUUAUUUGCUGUACAGCAGCAGUGGGCCCCCGUUGGAAGUCCAUUUCAGCCCACUGUCUUCAUGUCAGCACAAACUCCAAUGCCACUACAAACUGCCAUGUUCAAAGCAGCCUUAUCUGCUGGUCAGCCCACCAUUGCCAGCCACCAGGAGGAGAAAUCAAGGCAGAAAAUGAGCAAGGAGAUGUUUAAAGAGUUCCAAAUGGCCAAACCCCCAGCAGUCCCAUCGAGAAAAAGUGAGCAAGCUUCGCUCUCCUGCACGUCGAAUGCCUUCACAAGCUACUUCAGCAAAGUGGGGCUGGCGCAGGAGAUGGAUGAUGCAGAUGACUUUGAUAUUUCCCAGUUAAAUCUAACCCCAGCAACUUCCAACUCCACACCAUCGUCAAACAAUUCCCCUCCAAAUUCAUCUCCACAUCAGCACACACCCUCUGAUUCCCCUUGCCACCACACACCUGAGGCAUCUUCUCGGCAGAGUACACCUGCAGAAUCCCCCCUCCAGACCUCUCCCACUUCGUGCUCCCAUCAGAACUCGCCAUCAAAAUCGCCCACCUUGCACACCGAUGAAUCUGCACCCGAUGACCAAGUGGAGGCUGAGUCAGAAAACCUGAGCAGUAGCAGUGUGCAAGUGGCUCUUGAUAGUUCUGAAGCACCUUCAAACACUGAUGCCGUUGAUGACUCUCUUGGUGAUUCAUUCACCCCACAGGCAGUAGAGCCUCUCUAUGCCCAGAUAAGGAAGAGCAAGAAAUAUAAAGUCAUGUCAGUGCUUUUGAAUGACCCUAAGGAAAGUUUAAUCUCUGGACAAAUAAAAAAAAUCAAUUGCUCAACAAGUGGUGUGGAAACAUUGCAUCACUGCCAAUUUAUUAUUCUGAAGGCCUUCCGACGUCUGGUUUCUGUUUUCUGCUGGAAUCCCGUGAAAAUCUACAAGAUCAUGCAUCAAUCAGUGAGUUUAAUGCUCUUCUAUGCUGCAUUAGGCCUUAUGCAUACCAAUACCUACUGCAAAGAGACAUUUGUGGAAUUAACUAAUGGAUCUAACUAUGUAAAUUCUAACAAGUUGGGAGGACUGUGGAAAAGAUCACUGAGGGCUCCAUCGCAGCCAAUUGAUUGCUCUCUUUCAACUUGGUCCUCGUGGAGUACUUGCAAUUCUUGCCAGCAAAAGCAAUACAGGUAUGCAAGACUUGAGGAGCCCUCUCAGUUUGGUGGUGCACCUUGUAACACUGCCGAUAGGGAGGAGAAGGCCUGCAGAGGAACCUGUAGAUCCACAAAUCGGUGUGAGGGCAUUGUAUGUGCUGAAACAGGUCGAUGCAUUCCUCGUCGGCUCGCCUGCAAUGGAGAUGACGAUUGUGGAGAUCAGUCUGAUGAGAAAGGAUGUCGGAGGGUUAGCCAUGCUUGCUCCAGGCAGACAGAACCAUAUUGGGCUGUGCAACAUAUUGGAAGUGGAUAUAAUAUUUUAACUGACACUUUGGAGGGAACUGUUCUCGACAGCAGAUACUAUGGAGGCAGCUGUGCCCCAUAUUAUAUCAACAACGUAAGAUUUAGAAAACCCUAUAAUUUAGAAUUCUACAGCCCUGAGACAGAAGGAAAACUUGAGCUGACCUCGAAUGAAUAUUCAUCAUUCUCAAAUUUUACCAGCAGUAGGUUUGAACAAAAGUGUCGGGACAUUUACUUUAAAUUUGCACUUAGCGUUCCAAAACUAUUUGAAGUUGGACUUAGUUUUGAAAGCAAUAAUUUCAAGAAAAUGAUUCGAAAUACCCUCAAAUACUCUAAUACAAAAACACAAUUAUUUCAUACACAAUUCUCGCUCCAAGUGGCCAAGUUCAAGAUGAAACCCAGAGACCUUAUGCUCCAUUAUGAUUUCUUUCAAAGAGUUAAGCAGUUGCCACCAAUUUACAAUUAUGGAGAAUACAGAGAAAUCUUUAAGGACUAUGGAACUCAUUACAUGAGCGAAGGCAUACUUGGUGGAACAUAUGAAUAUAUUUGGUCAGUUAACAUGAAUAAAAUCAAGAAAGAUGGUUACACAUUGGACGAUGUAAAAAAUUGUGCAAAGGCCGGCAUUAGUGGAGGUGUGGACAUCGAAGGAAUCAUGGUAGCUAUCGGAGUUGGUGCUGGGUUCUGCGCUGGUUUUCUGAAAGGAAAAGGAGACAGUGUUGCCAAAUCGGCUUACACAGAAGACUUCAUAGUACUUGUGCGUGGAGGAGCAAGUGAACAUGUGACAGCACUGGCUCACAAAAAUCUUCCAACUGUGAAACUGAUGCAGGAAUGGGGCGAUGCAGUCGAGUACAACCCAGAAGUCAUUAAAUUUAAGCCUACACCACUUCAUGAACUGGUCACCUCGAACACAUUUCCGAAUGCUCCUAGAAUCAAAGCCAACAUGAUGCGGGCCCUUGAAGAGUACCUGAUCGAAUCCAAUUCCUGUCGCUGUGCGCCAUGUCUCAACAAUGGAAUUGCUUUUCUUCAAGGAACCAAGUGUGAAUGCAUAUGUCCUGCUGGUUUCCGUGGAGCUGCCUGCGAGAUUACCACCAGGGAGAAUAUGACUGUGGAUGGGAAGUGGAGCUGUUGGUCCCUCUGGUCUGAAUGCGUGAACAGUCAAAGAAAAAGGAGCCGGCAGUGCAAUAAUCCUCCUCCACAAAAUGACGGCAAAUCAUGCUCAGGGGACAAUCAGGAGACAAUGCCCUGUCAAUGAAGAAAUACCAGUCUUCUUCUGUCUCAAUAAUUACCAUCACUGAUCUAUAAUUUUGCAUGCUUAAAACAGAUUUUUUUUUUAAUCCAGUAAUAAUCGAACCUAAUGUUACCUGAAUAAAACUGGUUAAUUGAA